CGCACGCAUAGACUGCAAAUACAAUUCACCGGUUCGAUUUUCAAGUCGUCUUGGUGACCUUUCGACGCCACAAUGGCCUCGACUCAAACGUCAUCUCACAAGCGCAAGACACGUCCACCCGAGAGCGUCUCCUCGGACGCGCAUUCAGAGGGAACCACACGCAGUCCUGUCGCUGCUCCUGAUCUGCCGCGGGGCGAAUAUGAGACGGGUCGCGUAACCUGCGAAGAAUGCGGGGAAGCUGUCUCCUUCAGGGAUGAAUCCACCGGUGGAUUCACCGUCUCUCUCUGGGAAGCGCACCGCAUGGAAUGCCAUGCAAGUUCCCCACAACAGAUUCCACCCCCGUUCCGCCAGGUUCAGUCUAUACGGUUCGAGAUGGCAGAGCCAAACGCGAAGCGCAGACGCGCUAAGCGUUCGGAGGAGGAGCGUAUUGAGUAUCUACGUUCGGAUCCAUACGUCGCGCAAUUCGAGGCCUACCGCGUUUUAUGCAAAUGUUGUGACAAGUGGAUCCGGUUACGCCCGAACUCGACAUACUGCUCCAUUCCUUGGGAUGCCCAUCGCAGGAGCUGUGUGUCAAAAAGAGUCGCCAAGGGUGCCUACCCGGCAAAUGACCGCAGCGUAGUCUUCUCCACAGACCCGGCCAUCAGCGAUUUUGAUGCUGAGCGAGUGCUGUGUAAGCUCUGCGACUCUUGGAUUACCGUGGGCGAUGCGGAGAACACUGAAGCUGUCAGAACCUGGAUGGAUCAUCGUAGAGCUUGCCAACAGGGGACAUCACCAGCACCAUCGGCAAGCUUCAUAGCUCCUGCAAUACCCUCCGCUGACAGCGUCCCGCCACCGUCGCGGCAUUUGCUGGCCCUCGCCUCGUCUUCAUCGCUGCCAGCCCCAGCCCCUCCAUUGCUAAUGAACGGCGCUGGUACCGCGCCGACAGGCAAUACGCCUGUCGAAACAUCUGCAUCGUCCUCCAGAGACGUCGCGAUCCCCACAGCACCUGCAUCAGAACCCAAGCGAAAAAACGCGGACCAACGUGCUGCCAUUCUGAGGGCGGACCCGCUAGUUGGCGAUGUGGAGCCAAACCGUAUUUUCUGCACUCUGUGCAAGAAGUGGGUGCAGCUGAGGCAGGAUAGCGCAUACUGCUCGUACCCGUGGCAACAACACCGAGGAAAAUGCGUGAAGCGCAUGGAGAGGCGAGCGCUGAAAGAGGCAGAACUCCAGAGCAGGCGCGCAGCUGCGCUCGCUGCCGGACUUGAGAUGCCCCAAGAGGAUGCAGAUGACAGUGAUGAUCCUGAGUCAGAAGAAGGCGUUGAGGACCGGGAUGAGAGCCAGAAAAACGGGCGACGGGAGGAGAAGAGGAAGGCACCAUGCGACAUGAUGUCAUUCCCAACCAGGCGGUGGCGGCCAGAUAUACACGUGGAUGCCUCACGCAGACAAGGAGGCCGUUCGUCAGCCUCGGAUGUCUCAGAGCAAAACGAGGACGCCAUGGAUGUCGACACAGACGUUGUACGCGCUUCACGUCUUGCCAACCUCGAUACACCCCACGGUCGCUUGGACUUCACCUACCGCUCUGUCAGAUAUCUGUUCAAGACCACGUAUGAGCGCACAGACGAGUUAACUAUCGCUGCCUUAGUCACAUAUCUCAACGCUGCAAUGCCGCCGGACAAGCACGAAGACUUCGAUACCGCGGAAGUGACGAAGGCAGCCAUGACUCUGCACGAGCGUGGCUAUUGUGCAUUCGAAGGGGACGUGCUCCGGAUGCCGAACUGA